AUGGUUCAAUUAGCAGGAUUAUUUAUGAACAGGCGCCGAACAGUUAUUCUUGUACUUGCCUUGGUUACUGUCCUAGUCGUAUCUGGAGUUAUUGCUGGUCUUGUUUAUGGUUUGAAAAGACCUUUUCCUACUGCAGAUAUUGAAUUUUGUGGUGCCAGUCAUGAAACUUACAAUAUAACUGGUUCAUCUAUAUUAGGAAAAUAUUCUCGAGCAGCUGUUGCUGUUGAUAGUGCUGAAUGUUCAAAGAUUGGACGUCAAAUAUUAGAGAAAAAUGGUACAACGAUGGAUGCUGCAUUAGCAGCAGCUAUUUGUAAUGGUGUUAUGAAUGCUCAUUCAAUGGGUAUUGGUGGUGGAACCACAAUCUUAAUUUAUUCAAAAAAAAGAAAUAAAGCAUACAGUCUUAUAGGAAGAGAACGUGCACCAUUAGCUGCUUAUUCAACUAUGUUUAUUGGUAGAGAACAUAUGUCAACAAUUGGUGGUUUAGCAAUUGCAGUUCCAGGUGAAUUACGAGCUUAUAAAAAAGCAUAUGAUGAAUUUGGUGGUGGUGUUCCAUGGAAAGAUCUAUUUCAACCAACUAUACAAUUAUGUCGAAAUGGUUUUGUUAUUAGUAUAUCACAAGCUGCAGGUAUUAAACAAGUAGAAAAACAUAUUUUGAAAGAUCCUGUAUUGAGAGAACUUUUUGUUAAAAAUAAUGAUACAAAUGAAUUAUAUACAGCCGGUGACAUUAUAAAACGACCAAAAUAUGCUGCAACACUUGAAAUAAUUGCAGAACAAGGUGUUGAUGCAUUUUAUACAGGUAUAUUAUCUGAUAAAAUUAUUAAAGAAAUUCGAGAUCAUGGUGGUAUUAUCACAAAAGAAGAUCUUGCUAAUUAUCAAGUUGAUUUUCAAGAAGCAUUAAGUAUACAAAUGAAUGAUUCAUUAACAGCGUUUACAACACAUGCACCAUCAAGUGGACCUAUUCUUUUAUUUAUUUUAAAUAUUCUUCGAGGUUAUAAUGUAAGUGCAGAUGAUUUAAAAGAAACAUCUACUGCCGCAUUAUUUUAUCAUCGUCUUAUUGAAACAUUUAAAUAUGCUUAUGCAAAACGAAGUGAACUUAGUGAUCCAUCUAUAAUAAAUAUUACUAAUCUAAUUUCUGAUUUAACAUCAAAAACUUAUGCGGAUAGUAUUAGAGGACAAAUUAAUGAUUAUAAAACCUAUAGUUUUGAACAUUAUGGUGGAACAUGGCUUGAUAAAGUAAAACCAGGUACUGCUCAUAUAUCUGUAGUUGGACCUGAUGGUGAUGCUGUUGCACUAACAUCAACUGUUAAUAUUUAUUUCGGUUCGACAGUUAUUGGUUCUGAAACAGGAAUUGUUUAUAAUAAUGAAAUGGAUGAUUUUUCAACUCCAAAUACAACAAAUUAUUUUGGUGUACCAUCUAGUCCAGCUAAUUUUAUAGCACCAGGCAAACGACCUGUUUCAUCAAUGUCUCCAUUGAUUUUAAUGGACAAUCAUAAUCAACGUAUACAACAAGUAUUAGGUGCUAGUGGUGGAACUAAAAUAACAACAAGUAUUGCUCAAGUUGCUAUGCUUAAUUUAUGGUUUAAUGAACAUAUAAAACAAGCGGUUGAUACUCCUCGACUUCAUUCACAAUUAUUACCACAAGAACUUUGGGCUGAACAAGGUUUUGAUUAUAAUAUUUUAAAACAAUUAAAACAACGUGGUCAUAAUAUAACAUGUGGUGCAUUUGGUGGCUCAGUUAUUCAAGGUAUCGAAUGGCGUGAUGAAGUAAAUCAAUAUUGGGCCAACUGUGAUAUACGUAAAGGUGGUGCACCGGACGGAUUUUAA